CACUUUAUCGUUGUCUCUACUGGAAUUUCCCGUUUCAUCCACAGUCCACCGCACAGAGCUUGCGCAAAGUACUCUCUGGUCUCUGCAACCGAUAACGAGAUCAGUUCUAGCUCGCCACCUUUCAAGUUUCGACAGCCAUAUUAACGAGCACUCUCUAAUUCUUCUGCUAGUUUUCUUUCUCACACAAACAAAACUUUGGAUUUAAAGAGAUCAGAAAAUAUUCUAAACUUUCUUCUGAACAAGCACUCUCUAAUUCUUCUGCUACUUCUCUGGAAGAAGGGUUCAUGAAGCCAUGAAAGGCUUUAACAUCCCGGAAUUCCUGAGAGCUUCUUUUUUCACGAAGGUCUCAGCUUUCGCUCUCAUUUCCUUUGCUCUGUUUUACCUCGGAAGGCACUACUCAGAUGGGUACCAACAGCUCAUCUACUUCAGCUCCCACCAGCAAAACCCUGUUGUUGCUCAAACCCCAUCUGUGGCUCUUUCUCCCAACGCCAACAAAACGUUUGGUCUUGCUUCUAUCACACCCAAUCAAACUUUAGAGACGACGAAUCCUCCUCUGCCACCACCACUGCUACCGACAUUGACGUUGCCGCCGCCACCACCACCGGCUGCGGUGGAUAAAACGGGGAUUUUGGAUGAGACUGGGACGAUGUCGGAGGAAUUUGAGGUAGGUGAAUUUGAUCCGGAGUUGAUUCAGAGUUUGGGCAAUUUGAGUCGACAGGAUGGGAGGGGGGAUGAUGGAAAUGGUGGCAGCAGCGGAGAAGUUAAGGUUAAGCUUAAGAUUGAGAGAUUUGAGCUGUGUCCGGAGAGUAUGACGGAGUAUAUACCUUGUUUAGAUAACGUAGAGGAGAUUCAGAAGUUGAAUUCGACAGAGAAAGGGGAGAAGUAUGAACGGCAUUGUCCUGGGGAGGGGAAGGGUUUGAAUUGUUUGGUUCCUGCGCCUAAGGAUUACAAGAUUCCCAUUCCGUGGCCGAAGAGCAGAGAUGUGGUUUGGUUCAGUAAUGUACCACAUACCCGUUUGGUCGAUGAUAAAGGAGGUCAAAAUUGGAUAUUGAAAGAGAAUGAUAAGUUUAAAUUUCCAGGAGGUGGAACACAGUUUAUCCAUGGGGCAGAUCAGUAUUUGGAUCAGAUUUCACAGAUGGUUCCUGAUAUUGCAUUUGGUCGUCAUACCCGAGUUGCCUUGGAUAUUGGUUGUGGAGUAGCUAGCUUUGGUGCUUUUCUUCUUGCACGUAAUGUGACCACUCUGUCCAUAGCACCAAAAGAUGUUCAUGAAAAUCAGAUUCAAUUUGCUUUAGAGCGUGGUGUUCCUGCUAUGGUGGCUGCUUUUGCAACCCAUCGUUUGUUGUAUCCCAGCCAGGCUUUUGACUUGAUACACUGUUCAAGAUGUAGAAUUAAUUGGACCCGAGAUGAUGGAAUUUUACUUCUUGAGGUCAACAGGAUGCUAAGAGCUGGAGGAUACUUUGCUUGGGCAGCACAACCUGUUUAUAAACAUGAAGAGAACCUACAAGAACAAUGGAAAGAGAUGGAGGACCUUACUUUACGCCUUUGUUGGGAACUUGUGAAGAAGAAGGGAUAUAUUGCCAUAUGGCGGAAGCCUUUAAACAAUAGCUGCUAUAUCAGUCGUGAUGUUGGAGCCCAACCACCACUAUGUGAUCCCAGCGACAACCCUGAUAAUGUUUGGUAUGUUGGUCUUAAAGCAUGUAUAACCCAACUACCUGAGAAUGGAUAUGGAGCUAAUGUUACUUCAUGGCCUGCUCGCCUGCAUUAUCCACCAGAUAGGCUCCAGAGCAUAGAACUUGAUGCUUAUAUAUCCAGAAAGGAGUUAUUUAGGGCUGAAUCAAGAUAUUGGUAUGAUAUAAUAGAGAGCUAUGUUCGUGCUUACCAUUGGAAGACAUUAAAGCUACGGAAUGUGAUGGACAUGCGAGCUGGGUUUGGAGGGUUUGCGGCAGCAUUACAUGAUCUAGAGAUUGAUUGUUGGGUGAUGAAUGUUGUUCCUGCUAGUGGGCCUAAUACCUUGUCUGUUAUUUAUGACCGUGGAUUCAUAGGAGUCAUGCAUGAUUGGUGUGAGCCAUUUGAUACAUAUCCAAGAACUUAUGACCUGUUGCAUGCAUCGGGUCUUUUCUCCAUUGAGCAGAAAAGAUGCAAUAUCUCGACUAUCAUGCUCGAGAUGGAUCGGAUACUAAGACCAGGUGGACGUGUUUAUAUUCGUGACUUGAGGUCUGUUAUAGAUGAACUUCAAGAGAUUUCAACAGCCAUGGGUUGGCAUGCAGUAAUAUAUGACACAGCAGAGGGGCCCCAUGCAAGCUGGAGGAUCUUGAUGUGUGAGAAGUAUCUGUUGCGUCCUUGAAAUGUUUGAUUGUAGAAAAGCAAGAAGCUAGCUUUUGCUUCUUGGUUUCCCUAUUUGCAGAUUUUAUUGAUCAACCCUGUGAAGUACAAUCUUGCCAAGCUAAGGUGGACGGUGGUGCUGCAACAACCGAUUGGGGUGCUACAUACAUUUGUUGUUCUGUUGAGUUGUUCGAAGCAAAUAUUGUGAAGAUUUUCCAAUGCAACUUAUGUUGUAUAUUUGUGUUGACUGCUACAGAAUGACAUUGAGUUCCUCCACCUGACACUGAGAGGAACAAAGAAAAUAAGAAAUAUAUAGUUUUGAAUCCGAAGUAUUACUGAUUUCUUA